AUGGGCCUGCUUUCAGAUCCGUCGAUCUCGACGCAAAACAAGCUAGUAGAUAGUUUGGCAAAGCAUGUACGCAAGGUGUGCAGCGGCUUUUAUGUUCUCGGCGUGGUUUGGCUCGCCUGCCUGGCCCUGCCCGAGUUCAACCACGGCACCUAUCUGUCAGAAAACGCCCUGUCGCCAGGUCUGGUCUACCCCGAGAUUCGCAUCGACUCCAAUCGGCUAGCCAGCCAGCUUUUGGAGGAGCUGCAGCGCGAACGCAAGGAACACCAGUCGACUACGCCACACGCCUGGAUUACGGCCAAAUUUAACGAAUUUGGCCUGGAAACGCAUACACACAACUACACCCUCCGCUAUCCCUUUGGUGGUGGCAAGGAGUAUCACGGAAAAAACAUAUACGGUAUUCUGCGGGCGCCUCGCAUAGCUUCCACCGAGGGUAUUGUUUUCACAGCUCCCUACCGUGCCCCCACCUCCGUGCACCCGGAUAUCUCGCCCAGUGUGCCGCUGCUGCUGGCAUUUGCCGAUUUCGCUAGACGCAAAAACUACUGGGCUAAGGAUCUGAUAUUUCUGGUCACCGAACAGGAGCAGUUGGGAAUGCAGGCCUGGCUGGAGGCCUACCAUGAUGGCGACCGCGUGAUGAAUGUCAGUAAGGCCUACCUGCUGCCAGGCAACUUGCCAGCACGUGCAGGCUCAUUGCAGGCGGCACUCAACAUCGAAGUACAAGAUCUCGAAAUUGACUAUGUGGAUGUAAAGAUCGAAGGCCUCAAUGGCAAGCUGCCUAACCUGGACAUGUUCAAUUUGGUGCAGCGCAUAAUGGCUCGGGAGGGCAUCACAUCUGGGUACAAGCAGACCUUGCGCAAGAAGCGUCGCUCCAAUCCGACUGUCUUCGAGAAGAAUUUGCGCCAGAUGCUGUCCAUGCUGGCGACACAGUCGUCGGGCGUGCCCAAUGGCAAUCACGGACUGUUCCACCGCUAUCGCAUCGAUGCCCUGACCAUCGCCGCAGCCAAGCGCCAAACGCAUGCGACUCUGAAGGGUAACGCCGGCUCGGCGGCCGUGCCGCUUCUGAAGGCCAUCGAAGGUAUUGCGCGCAGCCUCAACAAUCUUUUGGAGCGCUUCCAUCAGAGCUUCUUCUUCUAUGUGAUUGUGAACAACGAUCGGUACAUCUCCAUUGGCGAUUACAUGCCUGCCCUGGUGGCCCUCGUCGCCUGCGCUUUCUUCAAGGCCUAUCUAACCUGGUCAACGCUAGACUUUGAGUUGCAACCGGCAGCGACAGCGACAGCAUCGGCUGAGACACAAAGUGGGUCUGAGCCUGACACCGCUGUCGAGGACGGUCUGCCCUACGGCUCCGUGCUGAUCUAUCUGACAGCUGUACUGCUCAUCGGGUAUCUGGGCAAUGUGUUGCCACUGCAGCAGUACUUCCUGGAGAUACCGAUGGGCGCUGCGCCACUGACCACAUCCGUGCUUAGCUUUCUUACCCUUAUCGGUUUCAUUCUGCCCUUUGUCGUUGUCCUGCCGGCGGGCGGCCUUGAACUUCUGCACGUGGGCUUCCUACUCAUCUUUGGCUGCUCUCUGAUCGUCAUCGGCCUGCUUAACUUUGCCCUUGGCUUUUUUGUGGCCGUCCUCACAGUACCGGUGGUGAUUGCUUUGGAAACUAGUGAGAAGAACUGGAACGGUUCAAUGCGCAAUCUGACGCGUCUCAUCACUGUGCUCCUCAACCCUAUGGUUGUUGUCUAUUUAAUUGUUCUGUGCAUGAGCUUCUACCAGUUCCCUGAGCUGAAGCUUGAUAAGCUGCUUUUGCGCGCAGCCACCGCCGCCAUGGAUGCCUCUGCUUACGGUCUCAUUGACUGUGUGAUCUAUGGCAACUGGCUGUACUUUGUCGUCAGCACGGUCUUCCUGCCCCUGUGGAUCCUCUGCUGGACACUGGCACUUUCCAAGCGACGUGAAAUUGCCGAUUAUUCCGACAACGAGGAGGCGCAACGUCGCAAGCCAAAGCCGCAGCCUCAGACCAAGUUGAAAACAAAUUAAAUUUUAAAACUGUAUUCCAUUAUGUGGCAACUGGCAUUCCAUUUAUAAAUGUCGAUGUUUUUUUGCAUAAUCUGAAUGUCCAAAGAAAUUACAUAUGUUAAGCUGGAAAUUUUACAGUAAAACAACCAAUGCUCAGAUUUAUUUCUUAAA